AUGUCAAUUAGCAUAAAUCUUGCUGUAGACUUUCACAGUAUAUAUAUCCAUUUUCACACGGAAGAGAGUCCUCUGGCCAUGGCUUCCAAUACUUCAGGCAACCACUCCAAUAGCAACCAACCCAGCUUUGAUGUUUCAUCACCUUAUCUCCUCCAUGCCUCCGACAAUCCAAGUGCAACACUAGUGACUUGUUUGCUCAGGGAAGAAAAUUACCCCACAUGGCGUGGAGCAAUGACUAACGCUUUACAAGCCAAAAGUAAGUUUGGCUUUGUGGAUGGAUCAAUCAAGCGCCCAACAUCUGGCUCACUGGAGGAAUCUGCGUGGAUCAAGUGCAACUCCAUGUGUGGCGUAUUUUGUGACAGCGCAAGAAAUGACCUUGAAGAACGCUUUUCACAAGGAAAUGCUCCUCGUAUUCAUCAGUUAAAAAUCGAAAUGAUGAAUACCUUGCAACAAGGGAUGACUGUAUCAGUGUAUUACACAAAGUUGAAGGGGAUUUGGGAUGAACUCAACACAUACUCUCAGAUUCCACCGUGUACCUGUGACUCACUACCUUCAUUAUCCCGUACCUAUGCACUUGUGGCACAAGAGGAGUGCCAACAGUUAGUGACUGCGUCCAGAUUACCUCCUGUAGAAACAGCAUUCCAGACGGGCAACACAUUCAGGUCUCAUGGCAGCUAUAAAUCAACAGGGAACCAUGACCCCUCCAAGCGGUUUUGUGAGUACUGCAAGAAGGCUAGACACACACAAGAUACUUGCUUCGAGUUGCAUGGCUAUCCGAAAUGGUGGGAUAAAGAAAAGAAGGCAUUCAGAACUAAAACGGCCAAUAGCUCACAACGUGUGGAGGCUAAUGAGGGUAACAAUGCUAUACCAAUUAAUGGGUUGACAAAUGAUCAGUAUGCUCAACUUAUAUCUAUGCUUAACCUUGAUAAGGAACAUAAUUGCACGACCAAUUUUGCCGGUAAGGCAACUUCUCUGUCCAAUGGUACAACUGAAUGGGUUUUGGAUUCGGAUGGAUCAUUUAUGCCAGCAAAAUCUUAUGGAGAUGUUCCUCUUAACCCCCCUGACCUAGCCUCGAGGAAGCUGAUUGGAAUGGGUGAAUUGCGAGAUGGACUCUAUUAUUUUCAGGCGGUCAAAGCCUCAACUGCUGUGUCCAACACCACUAGCGACUCUCGGAUUCUCCUCUGGCAUCAACGCCUUGGGCAUUUAUCCUUUGACAGGCUAUCUCUCCUUAGCGAUUUAGGUUUAUCUUCUAUUACUUCAUUCAAUAAUUGUUGUGAUCCUUGUCAUCGAGCAAAGCAAACUCGUAAACCUUUUUCUACUAGUUCUAUUAAAACGAUUGAAUCUUUUGAAUUAAUUCACUGUGAUGUUUGGAGACCAUCUCAUACCACGUCUCUAUCUGGUGCCAAUUAUUUUUUGAGCAUUGUAGAUGAUUACACUAGAUCCACUUGGAUUUAUUUGAUCAAAACCAAGGCUGAAGUCUAUACUAGGUUGACUUCCUUCAUAGCCAUGAUAGAUAAACAAUUCGGGAAGGCCAUUAAACAAAUUCAUAGCGACAACAGAACUGAAUUCACAAACCAUAAUUUUCAACUUUUCUGCCAACAAAAUGGUAUUUUAACUCAAUUUUCUUGUGUUGCCACGCCUCAACAAAAUGGGGUGGUUGAGCGUAAACAUAGACAUAUACUUGAAGCUGCCAGGGCCUUACGAUUUCAAGCUAAUUUACUGAUUAAAUUUUGCGGGGAAUGCAUCUUAACGGCAGUUUACUUAAUCAAUUAUACUCCCACACCACUUUUAUCUGGAAAAAAUAAGUUUCAGGAACGUGCGUCUGCUUGCAUUUUUAUUGGUUACCCUCAUGGUCAAAAAGGGUACAAAGUGUAUGAUUUAACCUCACAUAGAGUCUUCACCUCUUGGGACUUGACGUUUUAUGAGCACAUUUUCCCUUUCCAAGAAAAGUCCUCAUCUCCUCCUCCCGAUCGUAUACCACCAAUGACCACACCCAUACCUUUGCCUGCCCUUGAUCAUGAAACCACGUCACUCACUCCCCUCACCACAACGGAAUCCAUGCACCAUCUCUCCGAUAUCAUAACCUCUGACCAUUCCAUUGACACUGAUUCGGCUCCGCUGAUCAGCAACUUACUAGAUACUUUCCCUACUGAUCAGCCUCACACCAUACCAACUCAACGUCCUUCCCGUGCAAGGAAGUUGCCAUCCUACUUUCGAGACUUUCAUGUUGACUUGCCGGAGAAUAAUAGGGCCUCUCCAGCCUCUUCCAAUAAUGCUUCCUCAGGUACGUCCUACCCUUUGAGUAACUUUCAUUCUUAUUCAAACUUUUCUCCACCGUAUACCAGUUUUCUUGUGGCCAUCACUCAACAUGAUGAGCCGCGGUCCUAUAAACAGGCCAUUCAGGACGUUCAUUGGUAG